AUGUCCAGUGGAACCACUAUAGCAGUUGAUGCUUUGAACGAGCUCGUCGAUACUGUGCUGAGUGGCGGCUCAGAAGAUGAUUCUUCAGAAACCCAACUCAAGCUACUUACUAUUAUCAUUAAACACGGAAUUCAAUCGAAACAUAGGCCAAAAGGUACAAGUCAAACCGAAUGGGUCGGAAAAUGUCUCUCUGCUAUUGAAUUGAUUUGUGAAAGAGAACCGCUGUUAUUGAAUAGAGAAUCAGAAGAUGAAAAUGUUGUGAUCUACAAGUGGAUUUUGAACUCAUUAAUACCAUUGCUUGCUACAAAUGAUUUUGUUUUGGUCAAUAAUGUGAAACAAACUGUCAUAACCAUGAUUCAUAUCAUUACAGCAAAACUACGUCUUUUCAGCUAUAAAAAAGAUAUAAGGACUUUUUUUCUAACAACCUUUGAUUCUUACUUGACAAGUCUUUUCAAAACUUCCAUUGAAGAAAAACUCAUCAACAUAUUAUCAAUAUCUACAAAUUUGCUUUCGUUGCUUACAGAUCAAGAGCUACGGGCAAAGAUGAUGAUUGAAUCAUUCUAUGAUCAGACUUUUGAAUCAUCAGCAAGAAAAUUGGAUUAUAUCAUUUCAGGCUUACAGAAUUCCAUAAAAAAUGACAAAAUUGACGCUAUAAGGUCCCAUUUGAUCUCCAGUAUCCUCAACUACACAAUCAAUGGCGAAUAUAUCAUGUAUCCAAGGCUAAAGCUGUUUUUAGGAUUAUGCUAUGAAACUAUUCAUUCACCAACUCUUCCAUCACAUCCAUCCACACAGUACACUAUUUCAUAUGCAUUGCUCAAGACACUCAGCAAAUGUCUAGAUACAAAUAAUCAAGAUCUUUUCAAAAAUUCAUUAUCUUUGAAGAAUACCAAAGAGGUUGUUGAUCGUGUGUCAUCUUUCAGUUCCUCAUUUGUCAAAACUUUUGAGCUUCUUGAAUACGCUUUGGCGUUGGCUAAUGGGCAAGACUGUGGUACUUCCACAACCACUGCCUUUGAAGAUAAAAGUCUUGAAACAAUACGGCUCAGCAUCAUUUCCAAAUUGGUAAAAAAGAGUGACACCCUGAUUAUGAUGAAUAACUUGAGAUUGGAAAUACCUCCUGAUUGCAAUACACUUACUAAAUGGAUCAACUCUGCCAAAAAAUCAUUAGAACAACCACCUGAGAAAUAUAAAGCUGCUCCAAAGGUGUUUUAUUAUAACAUAAUUACUUCCUUAGGUGAUUUCUUUUGUAUGAAUGACAACUUCUAUAAUGGUAAAACUGGUCUUUGUUCGGUUUGCUGCAAAACUACUCUAAAUCUUCAACACAUUAAAGAAGAUCGCUCACCAAUUGAAAAAAACAAAGAUGUUCAAUUGGCAUAUUUAUUACUAUCCAGAUAUUUUUUGCCUGAUGAAUUGGUAAAUGGGGACACUGUACUAUCAAUGGCAACUUUGCUCACAAUUUAUAAAAUAUUUGCACACUAUCAACCACCAAAAGCUGACUCAAAUUGUGAAUUUUACAAGUUCGUUGCUUCCCAUAUCCAAUCACAAAAUAGAGAUAUAAGAUUACUAGCUGCUAGAAUCAUGCCUUUAUAUUUCAUCUCAAAGCAUAAUAUUGAUGACUCCAAUUCUGAAAUUAUUUUCAAACUGUUAAAUAGCAUUAAUAUGCAUGAGAAUUUAUAUCUAGCGGAGUCAACUAUAAUGAUUUGGGGUCAACUAGCAAUAGCGUCUGAAGGAGAAAGGCUAAAUGCAAUCUUGUUCAAAUUGAUUGAUUUUUUGGGAUCCCAGAAUUCGUUUCAAUCGUCAAUUGCCUUCCAUGAACUUCAAAUAAUCGCAGCUGCUAAAGACAAAACCCCUUGGCAGUUAUUGGCACCUUUCAUGUCCAACCUCAGUUUGACAAUAGCCAAGCAACUACUCACAAAGCCAACAAUGGGACAAAGAGUCUCAGAGUUAGUGGGUGUUUCAGUGAGUACGAUUUUGGCAAGAACUGAAACUCAAACUGUUCCUUAUCUUUUGACAUAUUACAAGAAUGAUUUGAUUAGUGAAAUUGCCAAAGCCACUGGAAAGAAGAAAAUUGAAUUAGUGUUAGACAACAGGGCAAAAAUAUUCGCUGUUUUAUUAACUAGUGUUGUUGAUGUGACAGAAGGUAAGCUCCAUAGCAUUUUAUCAAAUGUUUGUCCCGAACUUAAAAAUUUAGCAUUGGCAGAUUUGAUUGUUUUGAUUCCAACUGUAUGGGAAUUGCUCAAAAUGUACUCAAUUGAAUUGAAGAACCAAGAAAAGAUUAAAAAAGCAAUUGCUUUCAUUUUUAAUAUCACCUCUACUGGGGAAUCAACAUCGGCUGCGUUGGCGGAGUUCUUUCAAAGGCAUAUUUUAGGUGUUGUUCAGCAGUUUUCAGACGCUAUACAUGAUACCAAGGGUUUGCAACCUUACGUGGAGAAAGUAAAAGCUUUAAAUGCCAUUGAAUUGCUAGUACAAAUUGCUGGCUCCUCUAUUGUAUCAGCUUUACCACAAAUCAGUACAUGUCUUCAAGCUGCUUUAGAGAUAGAUUUGUUGAGAGAAUCUUGUUUGAGGUGCUGGAGAAUUUUAGUGCAACAUUUAGAAGAGUCACAUUUAGUCACUAUAUUGGAUCUCUCUUUGGCCAUUGUUUUACAAAGAUGGGAAAGCUUCAACUCUAAGUGCAGAAAGGAAGCAAAAACUCUUUUGUCAGCUUUUUUUGACAAAUCAGAACUUUUCAGAACAAAACACGUUCAUUGUUUUUUCUCAUUGUCUGACAAUGAUGAGUUGCUAGACCUUUACACCAAAGUUCAUCAAAUAAUAAGGAAGAAUGAGAGGCCAAACUCUUUACUUUAUGAUAUUUCAAGAAGAUGUAAAAAUGAUAACAAAUUUGUUGUUAAGCAAGCAUUGAUGGAUUUGAAUAGAUUUUUGGUUCAAUAUCAAACUGAUUUUUACACUACAUUCUUACCAAGACAAUCAUACGCAGCAGUUGUUUCCACCUUGUAUGCUGUUUUGUUGGAUAUUCUUCAUAAAUUCAAAUCUAACAAUGAUAUCACUAUCCAAUGCUCAAAAUGUUUAGGUUUAAUUGGUGCGUUAGAUCCAACUAAAUAUGAGAUUGAGAAAAAGAGAGAUCAAUUGAUUAUUGCUUCUGAUUUUGAAGAUCCUAAAGAGACAGUUCGAUUUUUGUUAAAGUUCAUUGACCAGAAUUUGGUUCCGGCUUUCUGGGCCUCUGAGGAUCCUGGUAAGCAGUUGUUUUUGGCGUAUGCAAUGCAAGAGUUUUUAAAACUGUGUGGCUUAGACUCAUCAAGAAUCAAGGUUGAUAGCUUAGAUAAGAGCUCUCAUGAGUAUUUGCUUUGGUCUCAAUUUACUGAUAUUUCAAAGUCCACUUUAACACCAUUGGUUUCGUCCAAAUACAGUGCUAGUGUCAGUAACUAUGAUCCUUUGAAGUAUCCAAUUUACAAAGUGACCAAAGAGCAUUCCCAAUGGUUACGCCAGUUCACACUUGAUCUAUUGAAGAAAGCCAAGGGUAAUAAUGCCGAACCGAUAUUUUUUGUGUGCUCGUCUCUUGUUAAGGAUCAAGAUUUAUCAUUUUGUACUUUCAUUCUUCCUUAUGUUGCAUUGAAUCUGACAAUCUCACAAACUAAUGGACAUGAAGCUGAAAACAUCAAGAAAGAAAUCAUGGCGGUGUUAUCAGUCAGUUUGAAAGAAGUUCAUCAUUUAGCUGCUGAUAGUUUGAGACUAUGUUAUGAAUCAAUCUUCAACUUGUUGGAUUACUUCAGAAAAUGGAUUUUUGCUAGAAAACAAUUGCUAAAGAGAAGAAAUAUAAAGAAAUCUGAUCCUGCAAUAAAGGCCGUUUCGGAUUUGUUAGACAGUAUUCCACAGCAGUUGAUGGCCAUGAGGUCUCUACAGUCAAAUUCAUAUGAAAGAGCUAUACUUUAUAUGGAGCAGUGUUAUAGAACUGAUUCAUAUCAAGAUUAUUUCGGUGACUCAUUUUUCACAACUAUGCAAAACAUGUAUGCCAACAUUGGUGAUAUUGAUGCACUUGAUGGUGUUUUGAAAAACUUUUCUACAAAGAGCUUGAAUGAUAGAAUUACCGAACUUGAAUACAGUGAUAAAUGGAAAAUGGCACAAGAUUGUUUUGAAGCAUUGGGCUCCUCAAAUGGUGAAUAUGUUGAUAUCGAUGCUAAUACUAGGCUUCUCAACUCAUUUUAUAACCAUAAUCUUUAUGACCGUACUUUGCAAAAAUUGGAUUCAUUGAUCAUCACUUCACAACCUUUAAAAAAAGAUUGGCUCAAUAUUGGGAUGGAAACUUCCAUGUUAUCUGGAAACCUUGAAAGCUUGCUGAAAUGGGUUCGUUUAUUUGAAAGCUCUGAAGAAAUAAACGAUAGUCAGCUACUUGUUAAUUAUCAUAUUGGUAAGGCUUUGUUAUAUUGGAAGGACCAAAAGAUGGAUAUGUUUGAAAGCUCUCUUGAAAACGCUCAUAUGUUAAUUGGUGGACGAUUAAGUAUGAACAGACCGGUUACUUUGAACAAAAGUCGUCCGAUGUUGGUUGUCCUUCAUUCUUUGAGUGAUAUAACUGCAAUUUCACAUCAAUCUAGCACACAUACUUUUAAUAGCCUUGCCUCAUUGAUGGAUCUUAGACUGGAAAAUACAGGGAAUGACUUUAUGGCAAAUUGGUAUAUUUCAUCUUUGAGAAAGGUUGCUGAUUUUUUGGCUGGGAAUUCUUUUAAUUUAACUGAUCUUAGUGACACAUGGGUGUCUGCUGCCAAAAUCGCUAGAAAGCAUAACAGAUUGGAUCUUUCAAGCUCUGCUAUUAUGAAUGCUAUCAGACUAGGUAAUUCCAAUACAGACUUAGAAUAUGCUAAGCUUUUAUGGGCCCAAGGUGAUCAUUCAAGAGCUUUAAAAUUCAUGGAGGAUUUGAAAAAUGAAGAAAGACCUUUAUCAGAGAGAGGAAAAGCUGAAAUACAACUGAAAUACACCAAAUGGAUAGACUAUUCCAAUAACAGCAGCUCCACAAAGAUCAUUGAAGAGUAUAGUGCUACGAUCAAGUUGGAUUCGACCUGGGAAAAGGGUUAUUAUGCUUUAGGUAAAUAUUAUAAUAAGCUUUUGGAUUUAAAAACCUCACCAACUUCUGAAAAGAUAAACCCAAGAGAUAUAUCUGGAGAAUAUGAACGCAAAACAAUCAGCUUUUAUCUCAAAGCAAUGCAAUGUGGAAUCAAAUAUCUAUAUGAAGCAUUACCAAAAGUCGUUACUGUUUGGCUAGACUUUUCAGCUAACAUAUCCGAAGUUCCAGGUGAGCUACAGGAUACAACUAAAGUGACUGUUUUAGCUGAAAGAAGGAAGCAUCUGCAAAGUAUACAUGAUGAUAUUGCUAAGGCUUCAGAAAAGCUGCCUAAAUACAUCUGGUACACGGUCUUUUCUCAGUUACUAUCCAGGAUUCUUCAUCCAAACAAGGUCACAAGUCAGUUAAUCAUUAUGAUUGCAAAUCAAGUUGUCUUGGAAUAUCCUGAACAUGCUUUGUGGUCCCUUUUAGCUCAGUAUAAAUCAACACAGGCUGAAAGAUCAAGAAAGGCUAAAAAAAUUAUAGAUUUGUUCACUUCCUCAGAGUCCAAAAACUCGAGUAUAAGCAAUGCAACAACUGUUCAAGCUGCAAAGAAAAUUUUCAAUGAACUCAUUGAAGUUUCCAAGAAGCAACUACCAAAAGUCAAAGGACCCUUGUCGUUAAAAGAUGACUUCGGCUUUGACCAUACAUCUGUUCCUUGUCCAUUGGUUGUACCAGCAAAAAUCAAUUUUGAUAUCACUUUGCCAACAUCAGUCCAAGCCUUGAAAUACCAUAACCCUUUCCCUAGUACAUCAAGAGUAACAAUCAACAGAUUUGAUAACAGGGUUGAUGUUUUAUCAUCAAUGCAACAGCCUAGACACUUGUACUUGAGAGGCUCAAAUGGUCAAACCUAUAGUAUUUUGUGUAAACCAAAUGAUGAUUUACGGAAAGAUGCAAAAUUAAUGGAAUUCACUACCAUGGUUGAUCACUUGCUAAGAAAAGAUUAUGAAUCAGAACAGCGGAAGCUACACAUCAAAACGUAUGCUGUUAUCCCUUUGAAUGAAAAUUAUGGUAUUAUUGAAUGGGUUGAAAAUAGUCGUACUAUGAGAGAUAUUUUAAAAGUACACUACUCUAAUGUCAAUUUGGGGUUAGAUAUAGCCACUAUUAGAAAAGUUUUGGAUAAGGAUUGUGACGUUUCUGAGAAAGCUGUUCUAUUUAAAAAGGAUAUCUUAGACCAAUAUCCACCUGUUUUAUACCAUUGGUUCAUUGAAAAUUUCCCUGAUCCUUCUUCUUGGUAUGACGCAAGAAACAAUUACACUAGAACUACAGCUGUAAUGUCUAUGGUUGGUUAUAUGUUGGGUUUGGGAGAUCGUCAUGGUGAAAACUUAUUGUUCAAUGAAAAAGAUGGUGGGAUUUUACAUGUUGACUUUGACUGUCUUUUUGAGAAAGGUUUGGAGUUGACAGUUCCCGAACGUGUACCUUUCAGGUUGACUAGAAAUAUGGUUGAUGCAUUCGGAAUUACUGGUGUAGAGGGUACUUUUAGAAAGUCUUGUGAGGUCACUUUAACGUUAUUGCGUGGUAAUGAAACAACUUUGAUGAAUAUAUUGGAAAGUUUCUUGCAUGAUCCUAUUAUGGAUUGGUCUCACAAAAGAAAGACAAGAAAUACUCCGCAAUCAGCACUAUCAACAAUCAGAAGAAAAAUCAGAGGUAUUUUGGAUAAAGAAGGAUUGCCAAUGAGUAUCCAAGGUCAAGCUGAAUUUCUUAUUCAACAAGCAACAUCGCUAGAGAAUUUAUGCCAAAUGUAUAUAGGUUGGAUGGCAUUCUGGUGA